UCGCCGAUGCAUAAAGACUCAUACUUUCCUCUCUCUAUAUAUACCCCCUUUAGCCCCCCACCGGCUAAAAGAUCUUUAAUUUCCCUCCAUACCCCAAAUCCCAGAAGAGAAAUCCCCAAUCCGAAAUCGAAACCCAAUUCGAAUCAAAACGAUGUCGGAUUCGUAUUGUCCGGACUGCAAGCGGAACACGGAGGUGGUGGUCGACCACUCGGCGGGGGACACCGUCUGCUCGGAGUGCGGCCUCGUGCUCGAAGCCCGCUCAAUCGACGAGACCUCCGAGUGGAGAACCUUCGCCGACGAUUCCGGCGAUCACGACCCGAAUCGUGUCGGUGGACCCGUUAACCCGCUUCUCGCUGACGCCGCACUUUCUACUGUCAUCUCUCGCGGCGCCAACGGGUCGAACGCGGAUCCGACCCUCGCCCGGUUGCAGAACCGGGGCGGGGAUCCCGACCGGGCUAUUGUCUUGGCUUUUAAGACCAUUGCUAACAUGGCUGACAGGUUGAGCCUUGUGACAACCAUUAAGGAUCGGGCGAAUGAGAUAUAUAAACGGUUGGAAGAUCAAAAGUGUACACGAGGAAGAAACUUGGAGGCACUUGUGGCUGCGUGUAUUUAUAUUGCUUGUCGACAAGAGGGCAAACCGCGCACUGUUAAAGAAAUAUGCUCAAUUGUUGCUGGAGCUACCAAAAAGGAAAUCGGCCGAGCGAAAGAAUUUAUCGUCAAACAGUUGAAGGUUGAGAUGGGUGAAUCAAUGGAGAUGGGUACCAUUCAUGCUGGUGACUAUCUGAGGAGGUUCUGCUCGAAUCUUGGUAUGAGCCAUGAAGAGGUAAAAGCUGUCCAAGAAACUGUCCAAAAGGCCGGGGAUUUCGAUAUUAGGAGGAGCCCUAUAUCGAUUGCUGCAGCAAUCAUAUUUAUGGUAACACAGCUCUCGGAAUCGAAGAAACCCCUUCGAGAUAUUUCUAUUGCUACGACAGUUGCAGAAGGGACGAUAAAGAAUGCUUAUCGGGAUUUGUUCCCGCACGCGGUCAAGAUUAUACCUGAGUGGUAUGCUAAGGAAAGAGACCUCAAGAAUCUUAGCAGCCCGAAAGCAUGAAAAAACACUCGUGAUUUUAUAUUUUGUUGUUGGAAGGGAUACAAUAUAUUAUACGAAACCCUUUUUGAUUUCGUACACGAGUCAUUGAUUUAUUCGGUGAGUUGUUUAUCGGACAUCGUUUUUGCUUAAGGAAUUGUUUGAUAACUUCAUUGAUGUUGUU